AUGAAGCAGGAAGGCGGGUCGAGACGCCGCGCCGGAUCCGAAAAGGCCAAGCUGCCUCCCGCCGAGCCUCCUCAACUGCUCCCUCUCGCCGCCGAUGUGGAGAUGCCGGAGGAGGUGCCUCCGGGCGAACCUGCUUCGGCGGAGAAAUCGCAGCGCGAGCUCGAUUCCGUCACGCUCGAAGACAUUAAAGAACAUGUGAAGGAACUUGAGAAGGCUGUAUCAGGAAAAGAACCCCGCUAUGUCCUACGUGCCCUCAGAGCUUUGCCCUCCACUUCCCGUUGCCUCAACCCCAGCGUGAUCCAGAAAGCCAUCAAUGGCUUUUUCACAUCUAACAGUGCUGUNUUCCCAGCUUGUUUCACGGUUCCGUCGCCACGGGAACCAACACUCCCCAUUUAUCCGGGCUUGUGA